UCGUGAAAAAAGCAAAAACCUACUCGUCAGUUCUCUGGCCGAGUUUCUUCUAAAAUUUGAUUAAUUUAUUUAAAAAAAAAAAACAAAAUAUUAAAACACUCAAUUUUCCAUAAUUCAUUUUAAUUGGCAUAAAUAUCUAAUUAGUAUAUUUUGGCCUAUAAAAAAGUUAUGCAGAAAAGUUUUAAACAACAAAAGUUGAUGGGCGCUAAUCAAUUGGAGUUUCUGUCGUCGUUGCAAUCGUCGUCGUCUUCUUCGUUUCAAAACAUAUCAUGGAAACAUCAAAAUUAUUAUACUAUUUGGAUGUCAUAAGGAAUUCUCAAAAGUCUUUACUCUAUUUGACUAUGCUAACAUCAAUUGUUGCGGCUUCUGUGGCAACUUCUUCUACUCCUUUAGGACAGGAAGGAUCUUCUUCCAUUGAACAAUUGCCUUUUUGUGGAGAAAAACUAGAUCGAACUAUCGGACGCAGACUUUUAUAUAUAACAACACUUGAUGGAACACUAUCAGCUCUUGAUAUCACCAAAGGCGGUAAAGUUCGCUGGAGUGUGCCUACUGGGCCGGGCCCUUUAAUCUCAUCGAGUAUUCAUCGUUUAGAAUUAACAAACAAUGGACAAUUCGUUCGAAUGAUUCCCUCUCUAAGUGGUGGCAUUUACAAAUUUGAUGGAGAUUCUAUCGAUCCAAUUCCUAUAACUACAGAAAAUCUUCUCAGUUCGUCAUUUAAGUUUUCUGAUGAUUUGGUUAUUUCGGGUGGCAAGGAGACUCGUUCUUAUGGCGUGUCAGCUCGUACAGGUCAAUUGUUGUACGAAUGCUCCAUGAAUGGAUGUGUAAACAGCACAGAUUCAGAUACCAUGCAAAAUAGUCGCGGAGAGGAUGCUAUAAAAACACCAAAUCCUGAUACAGAUCAAAUUCAAGAACAUGAUUCUCUACUGGAUGAUGUGAUUGUUGUGCGACGUCAGACUCAGACAGUUCGAGCAGUUGAAUCACGUACAGGUGUGGAACGUUGGAACUUCAGUGUCGGCCAACACGAAUUGGAUUUGAUGAAGAGUGCCGAAUGUCAUGAUCGACAAUUUAGUGAACUAGAUAUGGCUGUUUUGGACUUGGAAGUUAAGGUUAUUGUUCCAGAAGGCAUUGUAUGUGCAUUUAGCAAAUCAAAUCCAGGACAUCUUUUAUGGAAACACAAAUUUGAACAUCCAAUUGUAAGUGGUUGGCAAAUCGGCUCUGACGAUAUGCUACAAUCAAUUGAUUUCUUUGGCACUGCCCAAUGGCUCUGGAAUUCUGACGGUUCAGAAUUUGAUCCACCUGCUUCUUUGAAUCCAUCGAUUUAUCUUGGAAUGUAUCAGAAACAAUUAUAUAUACAGGAAUCAUUCAAUCUUCGAAAAGAAAUAACGGAUAAAACUCAUCUAUUUAAUCAUCUGAUGAAUAACGAAUCAAAGUUGCCGAAGAUUCCAUGGAAACCGAUAGCUGCAAGUAGCAAUUCCUUAGUUAUUUUCAAUGAGAAUAGCGCCAUUGCCCCAAUCGAAAAUGGCAGUGAUGACGAAGAAGAUUUAUCAACAACUGGCAAGGAGCUGGUGCCUUUUGAUGUCGACAAUACUGCAGUUUCUGCCCAAUCAGUUCUCUAUGCAUCAGAAUAUGUUAAUGGCAACGGAUUUUAUCUCUAUGCCGAGGAUCGAUCUUCGAAUCAAACCAACAAUUCUAUUUGUAACACAGAUUCUGCCACAACUCCAAUACCAGGAUCUACAUCAAACACAACUUUGUCAAAAACAGCCAACAACAAUGCAUCGGUAGUUGAUGAAUUUGGAUUUAGUUUUGAUGAUGUUGAUGCUCCUGUCAAAGUAGUCAUAAUAUCCCUAUGGUUUUGGUGGAAGGAAAUAGCUAUGAUUGUAUUUACCACAGCUGUAUUAGUGAAUUUCCUUCUCGGACCCAGAAAUCGUCCAGAAAGAGAAAUUGUUGUAAUUGAACGUCAUAUUCCUGUGCCAACAGCAACUGAGGCCAUUGAAAUGCCAAUCACAAGAUCAGCAACUAACUUUUCUGGGCAGCGAUCAUUCUCCGAAUCGACAACACAUUCUGGAGAUAAUUUUUUGUCUCGCUUCCAAGCCGAUUUCGAUUUGGAGCGAUGCCUUGGCCGUGGUGGCUUUGGAGUUGUAUUUGAAGCGAAAAAUAAACUCGACGAUUGCAAAUAUGCCAUAAAAAGAAUAACCCUGCCAAAUAAAAAGGAUUCACGAGAACGAGUAAUGCGCGAAGUGAAAACUCUUGCUAAUUGUGAACACCACAAUAUUGUCCGUUAUUUCCAAGCUUGGGUUGAAACACCUCCCCCGGGAUGGCAAGAAGAGGAAGACAGCCGAUGGAUAGCUAAAGGAAUGUCUCAUUCGAUUGAAAUCGAAACACCAGAUGGAACAACAUUGCCACCAUUCGAUGGCCAAUCGAAUAAUAAUUUUGCCAAAGACAAAAAGAAGCUUUUAGAAUCAUGGAUCUCGAGUGUGAAUACUAAAUGUAGUGCCACCACAAAUGGACGAGGAGAAGAUGAUAGUAGUUUCUUUGAUGAUGAAUGCGGAAUAAUAGAUGAGGAGGACGAAGACGAAGGCGACGAUUCAUGCAUUGUCUUCCGUACGGAAAGUCAGUCGAUGGCAAUGAGAGAUGAAGAACAGCAGGCUUGCGGUAAUUCGAUUGCCAUUGAUAUUCAUUCAAAUGAGUCUUUGUUCCAAAAAGCCAAUGGAAGAGUACGUGAUCUUGACUGCAGCAAUUUAUCAGAUUCGUUUCAGAUUGAAUUUGUUCAUUCAGCAAAUGGUGGAGCUAACGGCGAUGAAGAAGAGGCUGCAGAAAAUGUUCCGGAGGAGGAGAACUCGUUAAGGAAACGUAAGAGUAGUCUAUCAUUGGAUUUCAAUGGUCGCUCUAAAGCUUUAGUGGCUGCAAAAAAUGUCCCAUAUUCUGGGCCUAAAAUACAAACGAAAGUUUUCCUAUAUAUUCAAAUGCAACUGUGUCGCAAAGACAGCCUUCGUGAUUGGUUGCGAGAGAAUACAGCAGAAGCACGAGCAAUGCAAAUUCGACCAAUAUUCGAGCAGAUUGUAGACGCAGUUGAUUAUGUUCAUCUAAAAGGAUUAAUUCAUCGUGACUUAAAGCCAAGUAAUAUAUUUUUUUCCCAAGAUGGACAAAUUAAAAUUGGUGAUUUUGGUCUGGUGACGGAUAUGUCAGAAAUACCAAAUCUAGUCACACCGUGUGGCGAUGGAACUGGUCUACCACAAUGCCCCAAGCAUACUCAACAAGUUGGAACCCACUUGUACAUGUCUCCUGAACAACUUAAAGGACAACACUAUGACUACAAAGUGGACAUUUAUUCGUUGGGUUUGAUUUUCUUUGAGUUGUUGGUUUAUUUUUCCACCGAAAUGGAACGUAUUGUGACUUUACGAGAUCUCAGAGAUGGAAAAUUUCCACCAAGUUUUUCUAAUAAAUUUCCCAUAGAAUAUGAAUUACUUAAGUUGAUGUUAUCAGCUGUUCCAGCUAAAAGACCACCAACUGAUCAGCUUAAAAGUCAAUUAAAUCAAAUGAUUUGGCAAGAAAAAAGUAGUGAUGCCACAACACCAGCAGCAGUAGUACUGGGACAAAAGAAACUAAUCGAGUGAUAAGGCAUGAAAGUAAAUAAAUUUAUUCAACCAAGAAAUACAAAUACAUCGUUCAGAUCUAUUUUUCGUAUUAUAAACUGCUCUUAUAAAAGAGAGGAAAUAUGAUGCUCUCCAAACACGAUAAUACAACUAAAAUGCAUUCGUUAUUAUCUGAUUUCUGAAAUGUUCUCUCUUCGAAAAUAUAUA